AUGUUGGAAGAAGAGGGGGUAACAGGAGACUUAAAAAAACAAUCUCGAACACAAAACGCCACUCAUGAAGUAGCAUUGAAUGAUAACAGAUAUAUGACACCCAAACGCAAUUCUGUGCAGAAAGACCCAGAUGCAAGUUACAGCCGUAGUGGUCGGCGCAUUAAACCUCCAUUGCAUUACUGGUGUGGACAACGAGAGUUUGUUGAUCGUAAACUAAAUGUUACUAUAGAAGAGGGUGGAAAAAACUACUUGAGUAUUGUAUGUAGUAGUAGUAAACAAGCCAAAAAGAAAACCAUAUCCAGCUCCCCAAAGAACAACAGAGAGGAUACAACAGAGACAAGUGAAGGAAAAACUAAAAGCCAAUCUAAAGGAAAAAUCUAUGAGAAGAGAACAAAUUUCGAAAAAGAAAUUGGGUCCAGUGACAAAAGAGACCCUAGAUGUUUUAUUUCAGAUCCUGAUGAAAGUGACUCUGAAGCGGAACUUAAUAAUAUUGAUAAAAAGACUGUUGUAUUGACACCCUUGAAGCAUAAAAAAAUGUAUCGAAAUAACCUAACAUAUAAUAGCCAGACUGCAGAGCAAAGUAUUUCAAAAUAUGGAACUGAGACCAGAAAUUGCAAAACAAACUCAAGGAGAGAGCUAAAGACUUGCAAGUAUUCUCUGAGGUCACUGAAACAGUUUUGCCAAGACAAACUGUUUACAGAAGAAUCCUCAAGCAAGGAUGAGGAAGACUCCAAUGAAGAUAUCCCUCUAUCUAUCAAAAGGAAAACAAAACCCUCUUUGGAAAGAGAGAUUUGUAAUUAUAAAUCUUCCUUCGAUGCUAAAAUUUCACAGAGCGAUGCAAAGAAGAAAUCGUCGGAGCAAAGAAAAAUAGAAAAUUCCGCAGCCACUUCCUCCCACAACAGACAGUUAAGGAUAGAUCUGUCUGAUCAGAAGAAACAAUCAGAAGUGGAACCGAAAGGGAAGGCUCCUGCUGGUGGGUCCAACAGUGCCCCUUUGAUUGACAGGAGAGUAAACACAAGAAAAGCGAGUAUCAACCCUCUAACGUAUGUGUUUGAGUCAGAAACUGAGACAGAAGACUGUAAUAGAGAAUUUCAAAUAAAAGAAAAGAAAUCAAAAGUAUCUGCCAAAAAACCUGAUAGCAAGAUUAUCAACAGUGCAAAGUCUUCAGCGGUGGAAUCAAAGGAAUCUGACAAGAGAGAGGAGCAGAAUUUCUUGGAGUCUUUUCCGGGUGCAACUGAACACUGGACUGAGAGAGAACUACAGAAGCUACACAGGGCUGUUGCUUCUUUUCCAAAACACAAGAAUGGCUUUUGGUUGGAUGUAGCAAUGGCUUUGGGUACUCGAUCUGCGGAAGAAUGCCAGCAGAAAUAUAUGGAAGAGCAUCAGACAAAAGGUUCCAAAAAGCAUGCCACAAAGACUGCAUUAGAUAAAAAAGGACAAAAAGAUUCAGAUAAGAAACAGCCGGUAAUGAUAACUGCUAAGGUGGGAACGUUUAAAAGGAAACAACAGAUGAGAGACUUCCUGGAGCAUUUGCCAAAGGAUGACCACGAUGAUAUUUUCAGUGCAACACCCUUACAGAAUAGAAGAGUAAAGCUCCCAACAUUCCGGGAAAGCCAAGAUGAUGAUGUCUUCCAGCUUAUGGACAGCAAUCCAAUCACACCUUCCUCAGCUGUCUUCCCCUUGGUAAAAACCCCUCAGUGUGAUCACAUUAGCCCUGGCAUGCUGGGAUCUAUCAACAGGCAUGAUUAUGAUAAGUAUGUGUUUAGAAUGCAAAAGAACACACAAGGCAAGAAGGGUACCUGGGGCAACAUCAAGAAGAAAUCGGCUGGAACUGUGUUUACCACUCCAACCUCUGGAAGACCCACCACAUUUGCCUUUGAUCAAGGUGCAGUGAAUGACUCUGUUAUAGGGAAGCUGUUCAUAGGUGAAGCAGCAGAGCUAUCUGAUGAAGAAGAGCUAGAAGAUUCCUAUUUUUCUACUUAA